GCUGAUCACUUGAACACUGGCACAGACGUGUUGAACAUUCAGCUAGACAGAUAUAGCAGCAACUGGAGAGACAGUGUCCCAUUCAGUGUAGUAGUCUCUCACCUUUGCUCAGGCAAACACCUUCUGGAAAACAGGACAAACAGGUCAAAAUGGAGAUUACACUUGAAGAUGAUAGCAGCUCAUCACCAAAUUUUGAAUACAAGGGCGCUCACCAGGCCUUUAGAGAUCGCUGGAAAGGGACAGAUGACACCAUGUGCCGCCACAGCAUGUCCUUCCAUCUACACCACACACUAAGGAGUGAAUUCUUUGCCAGCUACCUCUACCUGCUUGAGAAGACUCCACUGGUGAAGCUGUUUCCAGUCACCUGUGAGUACAUCAAAGGAGAAAAGCAGUUCUACUACAGAGCCCAGCAGUUCUAUGAGGACGUUCCUGCCUCGGAGGAGGGCAUGAUGGGAGAUUUUGUUGAGAUAUCCAAUGCUGAUCUGGAAGGUUCCCGCCAGUUUCUGAAGAGGUUUGUGGGUCCAGGUAAGGCUGGCACACACUGUGCUUUGGAUUGUGGGUCCGGGAUUGGCCGUGUGACAAAAGGUGUCCUCCUUCCUGUGUUUGUGAAAAUGGAGAUGGCGGACAUGAUGGAGCACUUCCUGCUCCAUGCACACGAGGAGUAUCUGGGUGAUGAUGCUGACCGCAUUGAGACCUACUACUGCUACAACCUGCAAGAGUUCACACCUCCAAAAAACAAGUAUGAUGUCAUCUGGAUGCAGUGGGUGGCAUGUCAUCUAACAGACAAGGACCUGAUGAACUUCCUGAUUCGCUGCAAGAAGAGUCUGCGUCCAAAUGGUGUCAUCAUAAUGAAAGACAAUAUGGCGCGGCAGGGCUGCAAGCUGGACCCUAUCGACAGCAGCAUCAGCCGCCACCUGGACAUCAUGAAAAUCAUCAUCAGCAAGGCUGGCCUUGAGGUCCUGGCUGUCGAGAAGCAGGAAGGCUUUCCUGAAGUCAUCAUGCCUGUCUGGAUGAUCGCUAUGAAGUAGAAGUCACUUUUUUUUUCCUUUUGCAUAAUUUGAGAUUGUUGCUUCCUUUAAAAAAACGCAAAAAGGAAACUCCAACCUAAAGCUAAAUUCACUAAAUAAAUUUGUGAUCAUGUCUCUAAGAAAGUACAACAACAUCACAACAAAUUUUCACAAUGUCAUCAUUAGAUAAAUCCUGAAAUAGCAGUGUUGACGGCAUGAGGGCAGUUUUAUGGAGAUAGGAGUGUUUUUUUCUGCUCUGCAUUUAAAGUAAAUAAAGCUUUCACCAGGGCAAUUAACCUCUAUGGAAGCAGGCCCUAUGUCCCAUUGCCAGACUGCAGUUUACUGUUAGUCAUCUACUUUCAGAUUUUAUCUAAAGAUGGUGUCAGUGAUUAGAGCCUCAAUUUUCAGUGGGAAUGCAUAUUACUGUCAGAACCGGAACUGAAUUUUAACUGCCUGUUUAGUUUCUUCUCUGAGGGUUUUUUAAACAUGUUAUAUUUUCAGUGUUACAUAUAAAAAACAAUAAUGUGUAAUUUUAUAUUGGAUUUAGAAACAAUAAACCUAAUGUACUUAACAUGCAA